GCCGCUCAGACACCUCCGCGCUGUUCCAUCCUUCGGAGUUAUUUACGUGUCACGCGCAGCUUGAGAAGAUGCCGAUAGUUCUGUACCAUUUUCCUCUCAGCCCGCCCUGCAGAACGGCUCUGUGCACCGCUAAGGCCCUUGGGCUUGACGUCAACAUCAAAAUCGUCAACCUCUUCGCGAAGGAACAGUUCAGUGAGGACUAUGUUAAGAUGAAUCCAGAGCACACAAUACCGGCUCUGGACGACAAUGGUUUAAUCAUAUGGCACAGCCACGCAAUCGCCACGUACCUGGUGUCCAAGUACGGGAAGGACGACUCUCUGUACCCGAAGGAUCCUGCCAAGAGGGUGGUCGUGGACCAACGACUUUACUUCGACGCCACCACGCUGUUCCCUCGUCUGGCAGCCACUGCUGCCCCUUUGAUGUUCCUGGGAAAAACUGACGUGGAACCGGACAAGAAAGCUGCAAUAUACGAGGCACUGGGGACCCUGGAGAAGUACCUGGAGCCCACUGGAUGGGUGGCUGGAGACCAGGUCACGGUGGCCGACAUCGCCUGCGCUGUGACUACGGCCAGUAUGCAGGCAGUGGGAGUAGUUCUUGAUCCAUACCCAAAGAUAAGAGAGUGGUUGCAACAGUGUAACAGUAACAUACCCCACUUUGAAGAGGAAAAUAUGGAAGGAUUGAAGGAAACCGCUGAAGCCAUGAAAAGCAAAGUGACUCAUAACAUAUAUGCCCCAUAACAAUGAGGCUUCAAAUGUCAGAAUUUGAAAAUCAGUUACUUAAUUGUAUAACUGGUGUAUUUCUUUGAUUAUAAAUUGCUUACUGCCUUUUUCCAGUGUAUAUUUUCCUGCUUCCAAGUUUUGUUUUCAUUGUUUCAUCUUCUCAUACUUAUUAAAAGAAAACAAAUCACUGGGACCUAAAUAAUUUGCAUCAACAUAUUUUUAAUGAAACUCUGUAACCCUAAAAUCUAUGUAUGACGAAUAAAAAGUAGAUUUAUCAUUCUUACCAUCACUAUAAAAAAAAUAAAACAAGAC